AUGACGGGAGCAGAAGCAACAGGCUCAAGUAACCUUGUUAUGGGUCGUCGCAUAAUUCUUGGUGAAUCUUUGUGUGUAUUGUAUGAUUCUAGAGCGACACAGUCUUUUGUGUCAAAAACUUUUGUGCAAAGGUUAAGUUUGUCGGUGUGUGAGCUGCAAUGUGAUCUUGUGGUAUCUACUCCGACAUUGGGUAUGGUCAGCACAUCGUCCUUGUGUGCUAGAUGUCCAGUGGAGGUAGAGGGGCGCAUAUAUAAAGUGAAUCUGAUAUGCCUACCUCUACAAGAGUUGAAGGUGAUCUUGGGGAUGGAUUGGCUUUUUGCCAAUCGCAUUCUUAUAGAUUGCCGAGAGAAAAAGUUGUUGUUCUCCAACUUAGAGGAGCCUGAAUUGUUAUCUUCUCACAAGGUUAUGAAGGAGAUUCAAGGCGGCGCACAGUGCUUCAUUAUCUUCACCCAUCUGGAGUUGGAGAAGGAGGAAAGAACAUCAGUUAUACCAGUGGUGCACAAGUUUGAAGACGUGUUUCUGGAGGAAGUACCAGGGUUGCCUCCAAGUAGAGAGGUGGAGUUCUCUAUUGCCCUGGUACCCGGAACUGAUCUAAUGUCGAUAGCUCCAUACCGCAUGGCUCUAGAGGAGUUGGUGGAACUCAAAAAUCAAAUAGAGGAGCUAUUGGGGAAACAGAUUAUACGGCCCAAUAUGUCGCUGUGGGGAGCACUAGUGUUGUUGGUGAAGAAGAAGGAUUAG